GAAAGGUAUGAAUGGGGCAGACCAGACCACCCAGGAAGGGAGGGAAGGAGUGAAGCAAGCGGAGCAUAGAAGGAGGACCCUUGGAAGAUGGAGAAGCUGCGGGAGCUGAGAGUGGGCUUCAUCGGCGCAGGGAGGAUGGCCAGCGCGGUGGCCCAGGCCAUGCUCCUGGCGGGAAGAAUCCGAACUACUUUAUCGCGGUCCCCAGAAGCCCCAUUCCAGCAAGACAACUUUGAAGGUUGCCAUGGUCGGUCGCCCCGAAAGCUGUUGAGAAGUCAAGUGGAACAGCCAGAGACACACUCUUCUGGUGCGGUUACAGACGUAGAACAUCCAGGAUGGCGACUGAGGAUGUUCCCAUCCCAGGAUCAAGUUGAAAACCAGGUUAAAACCCAUCGAGAUAAGACCUCUCAUCUAAGAAGCCCUGGAGUUGGAUUACCAUCACACGCCCGAUCACCAGUACCAUAUCCAAAAACGCAAUAUUGGAGACCGGAGGGAGAUGUCCAAGCAGUGAAUAUCUUUGCCAGUGCUCCAUCCAACAGGAAUUUGGACAAGUUCCAGAAGACCCUUUCCUGCAAGACAACACACUCUAACCUAGAAGUGCUGCAGAACUGUACCUUCAUCUUCCUGGCUACCAAGCCUCACAUCCUCCCUGCUGUUCUGAAAGAAAUUGCCCCGGCUGUCAACUCCAAACAUGUUGUCAUUUCCAUGGCUGCUGGAGUCACGCUCCAGACCCUUGAAGAACAUCUUCCUGCUGGGACCAAGGUGUUGCGGAUCAUGCCCAACCUUCCCUGCAUGGUCCAGUCGGGCGCUAUCAUUCUGGCUCGGGGCAGCUGCGUUGGGGAGAAUGAGGUGGACCUUUUGAAGAUGCUCCUGUCUCCUUCUGGGCUGUGCGAAGAGGCUCCAGAGUCAUAUAUCGACAUCCAUGCUGGCUUGAGCGGCAGUGGAGUGGCCUAUGUAUACAUGUUUGCCGAAGCGCUGGCAGAAGGUGCUGUUAAAAUGGGGAUGCCAGGACCCAUGGCCAACAGGAUUGCCGCUCAGACUCUCUUGGGAGCAGCCAAAAUGAUCCUGGAAACAGGGGAGCACCCAGCAGUCCUGAGGAGUGCUGUUUGCACGCCGGGGGGCACCACAAUCCAUGCUUUGCACGAGCUGGAGAAGGGGUCUCUUCGUGCAACUGUCAUGAAUGCAGUGGAAGCAGCCACCAGCCGGGCCCGCGAACUGGGCAAGCGGUAGCGGGGCAGGUGGCCACAGCAGAGCUUUGUGGCUGAAGGAGGUCCCCCUUUUGCCCAGGAGGGCAGAAAUUCAUCUGGACAUGGAAUGGGCUUAUUGCCAAUUGACCUUACCUUCAUGGCUCACAUGCAGUGAGCUGCUGGGCCUUCAAAUAUUAUACAUGGCAUCUCUACCAUAAUUUCCUAUGGAAAAAAGCCUGAGGCAGGUGAUCUGACCCCAUGCAGACACACAAUAAGUGGGCGCUUUUGGUUACUAGCAGGAUCUUGUCUGUCUAGUUUAGCACAAAAAUGCCCACUUAUUUCUCAUGGAGUGAAGGGUCCACAUCAGCUCCUUGUUAUUAAGCAUUCCAGUUCUUCUAGUUUCAUCACACUAUGAGUUUCCUUCGUCUCAUUAAACAUUAACUUGUUUUCCAAA